AGUGAGAGAACUAGAGAGUACGUCUGUCAAAGUGAAAGACAGCUAUAUCAGACAGCCAGAGACAGACCGGACUGAAGACUACAACAGAAGACCAGAAACAGCUGUCUUCCCCAAAAACCAAGAAAGCGACUUUAAGAAAGGAAAAGAUUUCCCCAGUUUCUUCAGGACCAGACUCACUCAGCAGAAGCCAAAAUGUGUAAAGGAUUAGCAGCCCUGCCCCACACCUGCCUGGAAAGGGCCAAGGAAAUAAAGACCAAACUUGGAACUCUUCUUCAAAAGCCAGAAACUGCCUUCGAUCUAAUUAUCCCAUACCCUGAAAAGCCUGAGAAGACAAUCAAGGCAUCCAAACCACCGGUAGACGAGGCCGCGCAAUGGAAAGAUUCUCUGGAGAAGCUUGUUCAGAACAGCUAUGGGCUUUCUGCCUUCCAGAACUUUCUGAAGAUGGAAUUCAGCGAGGAGAACAUUGAGUUCUGGAUGGCUUGUGAGGAUUACAAAAAGACCAAGACCCCAACCAAGCUGGCUACAAAGGCUAAGAAAAUCUAUGAAGAAUUCAUCCAAACAGAGGCUCCCAGAGAGGUCAACAUUGAUCACUUCACCAAAGCUGUGACCAUGAAGAACUUGGUGGAACCAUCACCCUCAAGUUUUGAACUGGCCCAGAAGAAGAUCUUCGCUCUAAUGGAGAAAGACUCUCUGCCCAGAUUUAUCCGCUCAGACAUCUAUCAGGAGCUAGUGAAGUAGCGGUGUGAUGGAGCUGUGCAGGGCACCCCCAGAACGCCUUGACUUUCACCCUCUGGUUUGCUGAUCUGUUGUUUCUGCAGUUGCUUUUUCUAAUGGGCCCUUUCAAUUGACUGUUGUUGCCAAUCUGUCCAUUAUUUCACAGAUUAAAGAGAGCCUGCACAACUUCUGCUAGUUAUUAUAAAUAGUAAAAAAAAUAAUAUAAAAAGUUAUCCCAUUUAAUUCAUUUACAAAGUUCUUGAUGAUGUGAGAAGUAGUAGAAGAGCAUAUGGAAUGCAAUUAUUGCGGUGGCUUGGUCCGUUCCAUUUAUCGCCCCACCUGCCCCUUGUGGUUUUGAGACAGCACUUUGCACAACAGAUCAUGGAUUAGUAAAAGAAGCCAUAUGUAAUACGUCUAGGGGUUGGGGAUAUUUUUAGUCUGAGCAGAAAUUGAUAUCUACCACACAACUAAAUUAGCAGAAAAAUACCACAAAACAACUAUUGGAUUAGAGCCAAGGUUAACGCUAAUGCAUCAAGGCCUUGAUCUGCAUAGGAGUAGAGUGUUCCAGAUGAAUGCCCUCUUCAUGCUGAUCAUGAUUCAUGGUGAGUACACCUUAAAGUCAUCUCAAAGAACUUCUGUGUAGACUUCUAGUAUAGCCGGAGGAAUAGAAGUUCUAAGCUGGAUGCCAUUGAAAAGUAACCUAUUUAACAUACAUAGGCACAUUCCCUGCUAAUUUGUGAGUCAAGACUGCUGACCAUGAGGAAUGCUUCAAGUUUCCAAACACUAAAGGCAUAGUAAUGCUUCCCUAUAAUAUGACAUUGACAUAUUACAGUACACCUUUUAACACAGCUUCUGAAAAAUGCAUUCACAAUGGAUGUACACGUCCUAGUGACCUGCAGAGACGGUCACAGUAAGUUAUUUUCUGAAGGCAAAACUUACCCUCUAGGAUGGUAUUCCCAGCUCCAGGAUAAGUAUUUGUGAAGGAGACAUGUUGUAAGGUUCCGGGAAUGGGGUGAAAAGAUUACAGAAAGGUAUGAUAAAGGGUAGUUUCAGAAGUACAGGGGAACCUAAAUGAUUUCAUAUGGAGAUGAGAGCUCAGUAAUGGUAAUGGGGCCUUACGUGGUAAGGUGGCACUGAACGUUCCAGGUAAUAUACUGUAAAUGAGGCUAGAGGGAUGGCUACUCCAUGCGGGUCAGUAUGAAUUUUUACAUCUGGGACUGUAACAUUUCAAAAAGAAAAAAAUACUAAUUGCUUAGAGAGUACAUUAUCAAUUUUUAGAAGUAAGUAAUUCCUAGAUAAUGCAGUUUACUAUUUUAUUUGGCACCUAAUUUCUCUCUCAUAAGUAAAAAUAUAGUCCAGAUGACCAUAUGGCCUCCUAGCCUUGAGUGUGAGCAGGACAUAUCCCUAAUAUGAUGUGUAUAUGUAAGAAGUAGGCCCAAAAAAAAUAAGCUAAGGUUUUGCUAAAGCUAACAAUAAAUGAAACAAUUUGUUCUCUGUUGAGGUGUAAAGGUGACCAUAUACAUUAGUCUAAAGCUGAUCAAAAUGGACAAUUUCAACCAAAACAAAUGUUCUUUGGUUAAAAUUUAACAAUAAACGAUUGUUUCAGCCAACUGAUGACAGACCAUUAUCAUUUGAAAAGAAGUCAGAUCUUUCUUUGAAAGAACGUUCCUAGAAAGGUCUUUCCUCAAUCACCCAAUGUACACCCAAUUUGAUCAACUGGCCGUGUCUGAGAACUAAAGGUUCACCAGAUGUUUGUUUAACUUUUGUUCCAUCAGCUACCAAAUUAUAUCUAAUGUGUAUAGCCACCUUAAAACCAGAGUUUGGUCCAGUAACCUGAGGCAAUCAUGACAUUUUCCCAUAGGCAUCUCUAUCUCUGUCCAACUCAAUACGUAGUGUCAUCUCCUGAAUCAUUGAACUCAGUUGUACCAUGUCCUGUUAAGUGUUAAACCUGGUGAGAUUUACACAAAGAGCAGCCUGUACAUGAGGGAUCCUUUCUGUAAGGCAGGCACGUGGGCUGAAUAAUUGUUUUACGUGUAACCUAGGACAGUACUUUAUAUGGAAACUAUGGAAACACCGCUCGGAUUAUCAUCCUGUAGAGGUGGAUCAAAGCAAAGGCAGCAAUUCCCUUUAGAUGUUGUAAGUGUUCUCUGCUAGGACUGGUUCAGUAGGAAGGCCAUAUGACUUUGGUCAUAUUGCAUCAUAUCAUAGUUAUCAUGAAAUCUUUCUCUCAUAAGAGUAUCAAUCCCAUGUAUACAGUUUAGGUAGCCAAUUUGAGAGUCUAUCAGUGGUCUCUGACUUGCUCUCAGUGAAUGCAUAGGUUGCUUAUUAAAGGGCAUG